UCGAAAACAGCGUGAACACUGUACAAUACACAAUGUUCACGAGAAAUCAAUAGAUUUGUCGUGGAUCUGUCUACAAACUACCACCACCAAAACAAAGUCCGUCAGUGUUUGGCGAGAGGAAGCGAAGGUAAGGUGGUUUCCCAAACUACCUUGAACAAAAUAUAGCCAUGGCCAGUGUGGAGAGCGAAGGUUUCUGUGAGGCGAGCGAGGAUGUCUAUGUCAAUUAUGCUUACAAAAAAAUCACUUUAAGCAAUGGAUAUGAAAUGCCAGCAAUCGGAUUUGGCACAUAUCGUAUACGAGAGUCUGAAAUAUUACAUGGAACCCUGGAUGCAGCAUUAGGAGCAGGUUAUCGCAUGUUUGAUACAGCGGCAGUGUAUGGCAAUGAGCAGUUUCUGGGAGAUUCCCUCCGUCAUCUUUUGCCUAAAUACGGCCUAACCCGUCAAGAUGUCUUUAUUACAACAAAAUUAUCUCCGUCCGAUCAUGGAUAUCAUAACGUACAGAAAGCAUUGGAAAAAUCUCUUAAUAAUCUGGGAAUGGAGUAUGUGGACCUCUAUUUGAUCCAUUUUCCUGGCACUGCUAAAAUGAGUGCUGACAACCCUAUGAACCAAAAAUUGCGAAGUGAGACUUGGCAUGCCAUGGUCAAUAUGUACCGUCAAGGCAAGGCAAAGUGUAUUGGAGUGUCCAAUUUUACUGUGAAGCAUUUGAUUCAAUUAACUGAUCACAGCAGCAUUGUGCCAAUGGUCAAUCAGGUUGAGUGGCAUCCAUACUAUUAUCAACCAGAGCUUCACCAGUACUGCCAAGAUAAUGACAUAUGCCUCCAGGCAUAUUGCUCGCUUGGUGGGACAUCUAUGGGGAAUAUGGAACUGCUUGAGGAACCACUAGUGCGUAGCAUUGCUACACGCUACAACGUAACCCCCGCUCAAGUAGCUCUGCUGUGGGCUUUGCAGCAGGAUGUUGCUGUUAUACCAAAGUCUGUCAAUCCCGAGCAUAUCGGGUCCAAUAUACACAUCAAAGUCAAUUUGUCCCAAAUGGAUCUUUUGUUACUUGAUAGUUUGAAUAAAAACGUCAAGUACGCUUGGGACCCAAGCCUUGUGGCUUAAACUAAUCUUGAUACUUGAUUGUCUUGUUUUUGUUUCAUAAAACUUGAACUCAAUUUUUGUUGAAAUUUUAAAUUCGAAACCUAAAAACUUUUUUAUUUGGAUGUAGGCAUUUUAAAAUGUCCAUAAUAAGAUAAUAAUAAAAUAUUUAUCAAAUUGAAAUUAUUGAAUAUUGAGGUACUUGAGGGUUGAGGUACAUAAUAUGACAAAUAAGAAUUUAUUCUAUUGAAAAUGCUGUGACCCCAAGAUUUAAUUAAAAUGGAAGACUAUUUCUUCCUUGGUACUUGGUAGUAUUAACUAUUUAUAUUAUUGAAUGUAUUAAAUGUACAAUAAAUUAUGUGCAUAUCAGUCUAUGCUCAAAUUGAGUUUUAAGGUUCACUUGAAAAUGAAUAAUGAUAACAAUUGAUGAAAAAUAUUUAAAA